AAUAAAUGUCAAUCGAUGAUUUUGACCAAAUAGCUAUUCAAGAUACUUGCAUUACCCCUGAGAUGGAGCAAGAAGUUGCAAAAGAAGAUUAUAAAUACUACUAUGUUGACAAGAGAUACAGCAGACCUGAAACAAUGGAGUAUUAUACUCCUCCUGAAGAGCUCUUGAUGAUCGGUGCUGGAAAAUAAGAAUCCAGAAAGGAUGAUCUAUCCUCUUGAUGGGCCAUACACUGAGCAAGAAGAGACUACUUACGAGCAACUGCUUGAAUAUUUUGAAGACAAAGACACAGAAAUUCCAGAGUGAAUGACAAAAAGAAGAGCUCUGAGGUUUUUGAAUGGAAACGCCUUCAAUGUUAAAAAGACUUACAAAAACAUUGUGCAACAUUUGGAGUGGAGAGAAGAAAUGAAGCCGUUUAUACUCACACAAGGAGACAUGCAAUUGCUCGAUAAAGGGUUUUUAUACAUCCACGGAAGGGACAAAAAUUUUAGACCGUUUUUAAUUACGAAUGCUAUUAUUAUUGCAGAAAAGGGGAUAAACCCUGAUGAUGUUUUUCAUACCUCAUGGUUUAUGUGCCACUUCUUGAUUGAGAACAUCUUGAAGCGGGGCUCAGUGGAGAACUGGGUUGAAAUCUUGGAUUUAGGGGGUCUCCCAAUUUCCAAAAUCCCUGUUAAAGCACUGAAGAAAUUCAUGAUUGAGUCACAGAUUCAUAUGAAGAGCAGAAUUGCAAAAAUGUUCUUACUUUACGUGACCUGGGGCAUCAGGACUAUUUAUGCGAUAAUCUCCCCAUUUUUGGAGAAAAGAACAAAGGAAAAGAUCGUUAUGAAGAAGGGAGGGUUUACACCAAAUCAAGAAAAUUUUGUGUUUAAUGAAGAAAUUUUGGAAAUCGCCCAUCCCUCACAAAUCGAGGAGAAAUAUGGAGGAGAGGCCGAAAAUUUAACCGAACAUUGGCCUCCUAUCUCCAUCUCUGACGAAUACGGUACUGAUCCUGAAUGUAUCACCAAGUCUUCAUCCUCUACCACCCCUAAUACCCAUAAAAGACCUUCCAGAGUCCACCAAGAAGCUGUUGGUACUAGCUCACCUCCCUCCCAGCCCAAACACUUCAUCACUGACCCUAUCCUACCCACUGAAGACAAUGAACCAGACAUAAGACCAGCUCCUGUUGCUGGUAAAGGCAAAAAUUGUACCUGAACAAUCUUCUAAAUCUCAAAUCCUAUCCAAUAAUAUCGAUAUCCAAUAUUUUGAG